CAAAUGUGUCAAUUUGUCAAGUUAAGUUUUCUCGUGCUAAACUGCUAAAUAACUAAUUAUCAACACAACACAACAAGCUAUCACGCCGAUGUGAUCAUAAACAUUUUGUACAUUCUCAUGUAGUAGUGAUGGUUACCUCAAGAUGUAUAACGGCCGUCGGAAUAACACAGUUUACCAUGCAUUUUAAGUGGCGAAUUUUGAUAAGUGAACUCAGGCGGGUCAUUGGGCCUGUUUGUUUCUUUAAAUAGUGAUCACGUCAUAGGAAGAAGAACGUUUAUUAUUGUUUAUGUUUUUAUGAUGCUACAAUUUUGGAAGAAAACAAUUAACAAAGAAAAGGUCGAUCGAACCUCUAAUCAAAAUGUAAACGGCGUAGCCUUGCCUGUUGGAGUUUUCCUGCCUUCCUUGUCAGAUUCGACUGCAGAAGGCCCUCUUGCAAACUUCCAACACGAUGGUUAUACUGACACCCCUCCCCCGCAACGGUCCCGGCUGUCCCCCAACUUGCUAGAGGUGCUGCAGGAUCGUGUGGCGUUGUCCUACUUCGCUCACUUUGCUGAUCUACGAGGACACGCACCUCUUCUCUCCCUGUUGUUGGACUUGCAAGAUCUGAGGACUAGUGAUAGUAGUGGUGCAAGUGUUAGUGUUAGUGGGGGACUACGUUGUGGUAGUGAUAGUGAUUCUCCCAUCACCCGUAGAAAGUUUUGCCAGAGGUACCUGACAGAAGAGCUGACCCAGAGGUUUAGGAUCCCAGAGGACAUCUCUGCAAGAGUUAGUCAGGAUGGUGAUGAUCAAACUCUUCAACAGCUGUAUGACUUUGCGUAUCACACUAUGAAGCGAGAGUUGUGGUGUGAUUUCCUGAGAAGUGAGUUCUUCUCCAAGUACCAAGUAGAAGUGUUGACCAGUGGAACAGUGACAUUGAGCGACAUCAUGUAUCACAACUCAGCUGUAGCGGCCUUCAUUGAGUUCUUGGAGCAGGAGGGCUGUGGAAGCGUGAUAGACUUCUGGCAGACUGCUACUACCUUCCAGAGACAGCUUAGGCCAGACAGUGACCCUACCACGUCCGUCAACCAAGCAAUCUCCAUAUACGACAAGUACCUGUCACUGCAGGCGACAUGUCCGCUAGGGAUCGACCACGCCACCAGGUGUGAAGUAGAGUCUCGUAUCUGUGUGGAGGGCGCCGCGCCGCUCAGUGACUGUCUGGAGCCUGCGCUGCGCAAGGUGUGGGCGUACUUGCGCUACGUCUGCCUCCCACUCUUCCUGUCAUCUCAGAGCUACGUACAGCUGAUCUCUGAACUAAUGAGGGCGACAAGAGCCAACUCCAGUCCUGCGUCGUCUGUAACGGAUAUCAGCGUGGAGUCGUCCAGGAGUAGGUUCGACCCUGACCUGAUCUGGCGACGGAGACACCAUGACAGAGGUUUAAGCAUCGGAAGGAUUGACCAGUUAGGGAGGUUCGAGACGGAUAUCGAACCAGAACCCGACAAAAAGUCAGAAUCGAGAAUUACUCGAGUAGUUAAAAAACUUGUCAACAAAGAUGAACAGAAGUACAUAAGGACCCUUUCUAGUGCGCAAGAGGAGAUGGCAUGGAGAGUUGCGGAGAUGAUUGUCAAAGACGUCACUAAUUUGACAAUGGGCGGUCACGGAGAUGACGACGACUUGUGACAAUCUCGUUCUCUCUAGUUUUAAAGUCAAUCUGUUGAAAUCUUGUGAAAUAACCUCGGUGUAAAAGUCUUCAAUGUAUUAUUUGGAUAUAAUCCUUGUACAGUCAGAUUAAUAUCGCCGACAUUCUACAGUAGAUUUUCUAUUGAAUUUUAAUGUGUAAUACUUUUCUGGACCACAUUUCUUCUCCUAGAAUCCAUGCUUCACUAGAUAAUUUAACAAUUUUUAUUUUAUUUUAUUAAGUUUUGAAGAGGUUUAUUGAUUUUUGCAAUUUGUUACUUUUCACACUGUUUUAGAAUAUAUUCAUUACUAGUUUUUAAUGCUCCUAUUAUGCUAUGCAAACUAAUAUUGCCGACCAUUUAUAUUACAUAAAAAAUGAAACAGCUGCGACUUUAUCUUGGAUUAUUAUUUCAUUUUGUCUGCUGCUCUAAGUCACCCUCUACCCCUCUUAAGGCACAUAGAAACAUUAUUUAUAUUCUUUUCACUGAAGCAAGAUACAAUUUCUUCUGCUAUUUGUUCCUCGUCACCUUUAUAUUCAUUCCUAAAUUAUAUUCUCAUCUCUAAUCUCUUCCCUUUUUCACUCAGCACUUUAAGUAAUUUGAUUUUUAACAAUAAAAUCAAAAUCCACUACUGAGAAAACACUGAUUCCUAUCUACUUGUGUUUUAGAUCUCACUCUUAUUUAAUACCAAACCUCAGUUGUUGAUACAGUUUAGUUUACAGAGUUUAUUUAUUGAAGAUUUUAAGGGUACAGGUCAGCUAGCUCUUUUGAGAAAAAACCCCAAAAAAGUGGGAAUAUAUAAAAGAGGUCACUUUUAUCACUUAUUAGUGGUUAGUACAAUACUGAUAUUUCAUGAUUGUUUAGUACUUCCUGCAAAAAGUAGCUUGACAAAAGAAAAUCUGUUUAAAAACCCUCUGGAAAAGUCCUACAUUACAGAAAUAUCAGUGUUAUGUUUUGUAACCUUAAUUAUUGUGUCUAUAAGCUGUGGCCUCUUAUUUUCCAUGGUAAGCUAGCUAAAAUCCUUCCUCUAAAAAAUACUUAAUCAGCCUCACGGCCUUUCCUUAUUCUUUGUAGAUCUAUUGUAGGCCUAAUUAUUUGUUCCUAUAGCACAUACUUUAUGUAGUUUUAUCUUUUAUCUACUUAGAUAGCCUUUUAUGUUUGUCUUGAUUAUUAAUUUUCUGCAUUGCAUAUUUUUGAU